GUGUCGUGCACGCCGCCGCCAUUUGCAAUCGCUCGCCAAGGGCUAGCGCACGGCAGGUACGGCACACGCGGUCGCCGUCCCACGCCGUCCGCCCCUCUCAAGCCUAUCGUCCUCGCGAUCUCGCGAUGCUCCAUUCCGAGUCCGCCAUCCGCUAUAAUGUCCGCCGUUGAUCGCAGCGUAUAGCGCUCGGCAGAUCAGUUUGCGGCGUGCACGAUGGACUACUUGUAACCGUCGCCGAAUGGAGCCUCUCGUCGGCCACCUGGAAUAGCCCGUCGCGCUGUUCUACCACGUACCAAAGACCAGCCAGGAGUUGUUCGUAUCCUCUCUUCCGCGCCACCCCCUCGCCCGUUUGCCUUGCACAGUUCAUCCCCACGCAGACAUGGCCUCCUCCAACCGCGGUAUCCAGAUCGGCUCCGGCUGGUUUCAGACCAAGAUCAAUCUCAGGCCGCAGCAUCGAGGUGUUCAUCUCGUCACCGAGGAGAUCCUCAGGCAGGUCCCUGAGCUCUGCCAAUUUUCCAUUGGCCUCUGCCAUAUUCAGAUUCUCCAUACCUCGGCUAGUUUAGCAUUAAAUGAGAGUUGGGAUCCUGAUGUGAGAGAUGAUAUGGAGAUGAUGCUUAACAAAAUAGUUCCUGAGGGAUUGGAGUAUAGGCAUAGCUGUGAAGGGCCUGAUGAUAUGCCAGCACAUGUAAAGGCCUGCUUUCUCGGCUCCUCGUUAAGUAUCCCAAUUACGGAUGGUAAACUGGCGCUGGGCACAUGGCAGGGUAUUUGGUUUUGUGAACACCGGAACCACGCUGGUAGCCGCAAAUUGGUGGUGACGCUGACCGGCGUCUUAAGGGACUCUGCGCGCAGCCCUCUCAGCCCGGUCAGCCCCAUCGCCUCUACUAGCAGCUAGGACCACUCGCACCCCCGAAGGCGUGGCAAACGUCAGCCGCGCGCGUCCACCUCGAGCGACUCGAGCUAGCAGCCGCUUCAAGCCCUAGUCAACUUCUAAGAGUACAAUCCAUUGAGGAAGAAUGAGCCGGAUAUCUCGCGGAUCCAACUAUUGCUCGGAGAGAAACAGCAGUAAUCAAGCAUAAACCUCGAUGAGCAAGUGGACACACCAGAGCGCACGUUCACAAAUUCUGUGCGUGUGCGCGUGUGUUACCUGGAUUUCGUUCAUGUCUCUGAUGUCAUUCCGCAAGGAUGUUCCUUGUUCGAGUGACUGACGAGCCGUUGAGGUUGUUGCACAAGUUCUCCGUAGAGCCAGAAACUCGAAGGAUCUCGAGGAGUCACAUGUUGUCUUGUUCUUGUAAUACGGAUUAAUUCAGAUUUUAACGAAAUACCGCUAAAAACCGCUUAGGUGAUCGUGUUGACGGAUCGUUAGACGUCUGAAUUUAAUACCCGAGGAUCCAGGAGCUAAGAUAUCUCAGGCAUUUCCUCGAAUGCAGAAAGAAAAGUGAAAAGUCUCAAAAACUCGGGGGAUGUUAUCCACGGAAGCCGGAACCUUUGCAACAACUCAGAAUGCCCCACUCGUUCCUUCAUUUCCGGUUUUCUGGCUCACGUUGAUCAGGUGGGACAUCUGGUAUAUCACACGAAUAAUAAUAAUAAUAAUAUAAUAAAGCGAAGAUAUAGGAGAUAGAGGAAAGGAGAAACGGAAAAAAACUGCCACGGCGAACAUGCGUAUCUUACGCGUCGCACGUAAAUAAAACGAAUUAAAUGCGAGUAUCCAGCGCUCUUUCGCCUUGCUCUUGAAGAGAGAAGAAAGCGAAAAGCGGGAAAGGCACAUUCUGUGGAAAGCAAUUGGAGAGAAAAAAGAAGAACGAAUCUAUGCAUUCCGAUAACUCGUCCAAUACUCCGAAUUUACGUAGCUUUAUUUAGGAGAUCCUUUUGUAUAAAUGAAGUUGAUGGACACGAGCAGCCGUGCGAGAACUCGCAUCCUUUUUUACACUCGGCUAUCUUUGAGCUAUUACAAAACACUAGAAACGAAAAGGAAAAAUUAAGAGAAUUAAAAGAAGAAAGUAAGAGAAUUAAAAGAAAAAAAGAGGGUAAGAGGAGUGAGAGAGAGAGCGUGAGAUACGCGUUGCGAACUUUCUGACUCGUCGCU